AUGGCCUCAGAACCGGUGCAUCCUCUACGCAUAGCCAAAAGCACGCCCAGCUCGUCGCCCACAAAGAUGGCCGGCAACAGUCUGCCCCGCCCUCUCUCAGAGAUUUCUCCCACCGAGAAGCGGCGCAACUCGCCCAGCUGGCGACAGUAUACCCCAACAAAGGCCUCCGUCCCGGGCAACGACUCCUCGCCAUUCCAGUCGUCACCUCUCGACUCGGCGACCUCGCCUCGCCUCUUCUGGCAGAACCGCAACGCAGAGAACAUGUUCGCUGGAGCCCGUUCGGGGUCGACAUCGCCAACCCGACGGUCCUCGAUUGAGCGUCUCCAGAGGGCUUCUCGUGUCCGGAACAGCAACAUUUUGGCCCUGGAGCAGAAGCAGGAAUAUGAUCCGACUCGGAUUCCUCAUAUCGAGAGACCCCUCGCUAAGGUCCAAGGAAACUCGUUCGCGUCGUCGUCUAGCUCAGGCGGCCUUCGUUCCUCCGACUCAGAGCCGCGAGCCUUCGACAGCAAGUCGAGUCUCUCCAUGAUGAGCCCUUCCAAGACGUCGCCGCUGGUGGCGUCCAACGGCCCGGGCGCGCUCCCACGGGCCCCGACCCCAAGCAAGGGCCAAGCCUCGCCUACCAAAUCCUCUCUGUCGCCGACCAAGUUCAACAAGGGCAUCUUCGACCCAGAGGCCGGCACAUGGUCCGGGCAUUCUUCCGUUGACGAGCACGGCCUGCCCGAGGGUCGCUUCCUACACAGACACCCGAAGAGCGUGACCUUUGACGCCGCGCCGCCCCAAAUUAACGAGUAUGAGAUGGCGACUCCAGAUUUGUCGUCUGUCGGCACGAACUCGCGCGAGGGCAGCUACGAAUCAGUCGACGAUGACGACGAUGACGAUGUCAUGUAUGACCCUGGACACAUUGGUCUUCAGGAUGACAGCUUCGACGCGUCUCUCGAGGACACCGACAAGACUCCGGUGGUCGGCCCUGACGACUGGCGCGGCGAGAGCCCCAUGACCCAUCACAACAACCCGGUCGAGUUCGAGGGUAGCCCAAUGCCCGAGAACAUUCCUUCCGUGGCUUCGCCAGCCCGCCCCUCUCAUCAGCGGACUGACUCUGCCAACUCAAAUGGCGACCAUCGUCCACUGCCUCCCCUCCCUGGUCUUGGCCAUGUGAGGAAUCAGUCAGCAGCUUCUGAGCCAGCGUCGCCGGGUCUCUCAGCUACGGCAGAGCGGAUGUUGGGCGGCUCCUCUCACCGGAGUCUGCCUGUUCCCCCUCCGGCGUCGGCUAGCAAGCUCGACAUCCAGAGCUUUGGCAAUGGGAAGAUGACUCUCGAAGAGCGCCUGAAGCUUAUGAUGCUCUCAGACGACUCAAAUGGGAAGACCGCAGCCGAGCAGCAGCGUGAGCGCCGUCUUAGAAGGGGCGCAAGCCGCGACCGUGGCUCUACUCCCCAGUCCGAGGCCGAUUCCACCAACGACCUCGAGGCUGCCGAAGAGGACGACACCGUCGGGGAUAUCUCCCUUCUCGGCGACUAUGAGAUGCCUUCGCGGAUUUCUCGAGAGUCUAUCAUGCGCCGGGUCAACGGUAACACAACCCAUCGAGACUCCGAGUAUCAGUUUUCCUCCCCUGCCGCGACCCCAGUCUCGCACCGCAGUCCCGAGCGAAGUCCAGAAAGAGCGGAGCUGAUCGAUCCUGAUAUCCCGCUGCCUUCUACGGAAGAGUCGAUCCUCGAGGAGGAAGAGGAGUAUGAGCAGGAAGACUCCGUCAUCAUUACUCGCAACCACGAGGAAGACGAUGUCUUGGACCUGUAUGGCGAUGACCUCGACGAAAUGGAAGACGGCGAUUCGCAAAUCCAGCAAGCAGAUGCAGAAAGCAACUACUCGGACAACGAGCAGGCACCUGGCACCACUGAUAAGGAGUCCACGGAGGCUGGAGUCACUACCCCUCGAGCAAACUCUCCUGCUCCUUUCUUGAGCCUAGGUGCUUCCAUUCCUGACCUUGCCCCUGCCUUUGCUCAUACAGCCUUCUCUACCGAGCGCACCAGCGUCACCCCUCCUGUAUCACAAGAUGGGGUCAAGGAGACUGCGGCCGACCCUGAGGCCGGCCGUGUGAAGCGGCCAGGAACGCCAGAGAGGCGCAUGUCCAAGCCCGAGUAUGACGGGACCGGCUGGGGUGAGCCUGAAGACGACGAGGAUGACGAGCCCGGCACCCCUGAUUCGGUCAUCCAUCAUCCCAUGGACGAAUCCGAAGACGAGCAGGAGGCGCGAGAUUCGCCGGUCAUUCCUGAACGCGUAGCAACCAUCAAAUCUGCGUCAGGCUCAAAACUCAAGACCCGACUGUCCAACACCCCUGCCGACUUGGCUGCGAUGAGAGAAGCUCGCCGCCAGGUCAGCCAGGAGGUCCCAACUGUGCCUCCGAUUCCCGAGAAGCAUCGCAACCGUCUCUCGCAAAACUAUGGCGAUAUCCAGGACACUGUUCCGGAGGAGAGUCUUGAGCGCCACCCGAGCUUGAAGAACCGAAGCUUAACGCUGGACAUCGACAUGGGCCUCAGCCUCGACCAGGACUUUGAGAGAGUCAUUGAAGCUCAAAAGGUUGAUAUUACCCUUUCCCCAUCCGAACGAUCUGUCAAAGCCCCGAAGACACAUGGCCGGACCCCUCGCGAUCCACUGCUCAAAGAGAUUGAUGCUAACGUAACCAUCCGUUCCCAGCGCGGUUAUCUCAUGCGACAGAAUACAAAGGUCGUGACGGCGAGCGAUAAGGACGGCGAAAUGACUUGGAAGGCCCGUUCAGCCAACAAUUCGCCCAUCAAGACUGACCGACCUCAGUCGUGGGUCGUCGAACCCUGGAAUGGCCAGGUCCGCCAGAGAAGCGCCAGCCGCAAGCGCCCAGCUAACAACGGUCCCGUGCCGCCGCUGCCUGGCCAGGACAGCAACGCUACCGCCAUCAACCAUUCGGUUGAAGACGAUGCUCAGUCCGAAGCCACUAUUGACAGUGGCGAAAGAGGCCGUCUCUUUGUUAAGGUGAUGGGGGUCAAGGACUUGGAUCUGCCGCUUCCGAAGAACGAGCGCACGUGGUUCAGCUUGACCUUGGAUAACGGGGUGCACUGCGUUACCACAGCCUGGCUUGAACUGGCCCGCAACGCACCAAUCGGCCAGGAAUUUGAGCUUGUCGUGCCCAACGAUCUCGAGUUCCAGCUGACUCUCAACGUGAAGCUGGAGAAGCCCCUCCCGGAGGAGCUUCCUAUCGCAUCGGCCAAGAUGGCUAAGACCAAGACUUCAACGUUCAGCAGAGUGUUUGCGUCUCCGAAGAAGCGCAGGGAGAUGGAGAUGAGGCAAAAGGCCGAAGAGGAGCGCUUCGCCCAGCAGCAGAGAGAUGCUCUCGCAAGACGGAACAACGCACCAACUGGUUACGAGCUCCUCUCGCCUCUGGCAGCAGAGGAUGGUAGCUUUGCCCGCGCGUACGUCUGCCUUAAGGAGCACGAGAGCCGAUGCUUCGGGCGACCAUACAUGGCCGAGGUGGCCUGCUUCAACGAGUGGGCAACCGAGGAGGAGAGCUUCGCGUCGAGCGUCAAGAGUAAGCGUGGCAACAACGGCAUCGUUCGCAGGGCGCCGUACAAGAUUGGAAAGUUGGAGCUCCAGCUGCUCUUCGUCCCGCGCCCCAAGAACUCCAAGGACGAGGACAUGCCCAAGAGCAUGAACUCGUGCGUCAGGGAGCUCAGGGCGGCCGAAGAGAGGCUGUCGCGCAACUGGGAGGGCCAUCUCAGCCAGCAAGGCGGCGACUGCCCUUACUGGCGCCGCCGAUACUUUAAGCUCGUCGGUGCCAAAUUGACGGCAUAUCACGAGGCCACUCGACAGCCCCGAGCGACCAUCAAUCUCGGAAACGCAAAGCGGUUGAUUGACGACCGGCGGGCGCUGACAGAGAAGGAGACGGUCAAUAAGGGCAAACGCCGUCGAUCAGCCUUUGCCGAGGAGGAAGAGGGCUACAUGUUCGUCGAGGAGGGUUUCCGCAUCCGGUUCAACAAUGGCGAGGUGAUUGACUUUUACGCCGACACGGCCGAAGACAAGGAGGGCUGGAUGAAGGUGCUCUCGGAUGUCAUCGGACGCAGCGACGGCGGCGUGGAAGAGGACAGCAACGGCGUCAGAUCGCGGGCGAAGUGGUGCGAGCUGGUCCUUAAGCGGGAGCAGGAGCUCCGGCGCCGCGCCGAGGGCCGUCGCGUGCACUCGCGAACCAAGAGCACGCUCCUCUGA